UGCGCAGCCGCAGCAAGGGUGAAAGAGUGACACGAAAGGCCCGAGGAAGGCCGGAAGUCCCCCGGCGCCUGGGGUUGCUGCCGGUCAUUCCUUGGCCCCGCCCCUUCCCCCGGGCUGGAGGCGGGGCCUUUGGAAACCUGAUGCUUCUGGUUCUGGAGCGCUGCAGCUUGUUGCAAAAAAGAGAGAGAGAGAAUCACGACAUGUGUCUGCUAAGCAACGCUGAGUUCAAUGGGACUUCUUGCUCAAGGUUGCCAUGAUGUCGAUGCGAUCUAUGCCACUAGCCUUUGCUAGCUGUUUCUACGUGCUUGUAAAUUCUGCUGAUGAACAAUCAGGAAAUGAAAUGAGCUAGAAGAGGAGAAGGAACUAUUUCACGUGUGAAUUGGGGCUUGAGAACUCAAGUCUGCAGAAUGAAUGAAAGUGGGAAGUCCUCAGAGAAGAACAUAGAGGAGGAUGCAAAAGAUUAUAGAGACUUUCCUGAGAGCUUUAACCAGCUUGAAUUGUUGGAGACCCACCGGCACCUGAUCCCCACCGGAACACAGAGUCUUUGGUCUGGAGAUUCUGACGAUGAAGAUCAGGAAGAAAAAACCGAGGAAUGGUACCAGGCUCAAGAGAAGAAGCUGGAAAACAACCCAGAUAAGCUUCUGCUUUGGGCAGCAGAAAAAAAUAGACUCAGCACGGUGCAAAGGCUCCUGUCUCAAAACCUUGCUCCAGUAAAUGUCCAGGAUGAAGAUUUCUAUACCCCUCUCCACCGGGCUGCCUAUAACGGGCACUUGGAAGUUGUACGGGAACUGAUUGCCCACGGCGCGGAUGUCCAUGCCUUGACAGUGGAUAGCUGGACUCCCCUGCACAGUGCCUGCAAGUGGAACAACACCAAGAUAGCAUCGUUCUUGCUCCAGCAUGGGGCAGAUAUCAAUGCUCAGACCAAUGGCUUGCUGACUCCACUUCACCUUGCAGCAGGGAACCGGGAGAGCAAGGAAACCCUCGAACUCUUGCUCAUGAAUCGCUACCUAAAGCCAAAUCUCAAGAACAACUUGGACGAGACAGCAUACGAUAUUGCCAGGAGGACUGAUAUAUAUCACUACCUGUUUGAGAUUGUCGAAAGUUGCACAAAUUCCGUGUCCGAUUCUUAGAAGUUGCAUACGUUUGAAUGUCGAAACACACACACUGCCAGCGCCUUUGUAAGAAGUUCUCUUUGUAAUUGCACUCAAAAGUCGGUGCUUUCAACCCCACCUCUUUGGUGUAGCUUUACUCUGUGAGAUGCUGAAAUGAGGUCUCGUUUUGUUACGAUGUCAUUAUUUUUAUACUAUAAACCACUCUACCCUUAAA